AUGCCGUGGAAAGACAAGUUCAAUAAGCUUCGCAAUGACCUGGACAACAUGAUCUCGCCGGGCUCAGCCCCCCAGAAUCAGGGAUACCCAUAUCAGCAGCAGCCGUAUUAUCCCCCACCGCACCAGCAGUACCCUCCGCAGGGCCAGUACCCCCCGCAGCACUAUCAACCGCAGUAUCAUGCCCCUCCACCCCAACAACAUUACUACAACUCACAGCCACCACCACCACCAUCUCAUGGUCCGGGAUAUCAGCCUCCGCCUCCACAAGGGUACUACGGCCCUCCUCCCCCCAUUCCGCCUCACCCACCAGCAAUCCCUCCCCGGCCGCCUGGCGAUGAAGCACCGCCUGUGCCGCCUCAUCCGCCGCAACCCCGCGCUCCACCAGAGACGUACUGGUCCCCGCGAUUCUCAACAGAUACGCCAAUUAGUAGAGACUGGGAUGCUAAACUAGGUAAUUCUAACGGCUGGGGCAACAAUGAGCUGCAGCAUUACACUGCCGAAUCACAAAACUCCUUCCACACUCCGGAUGGUAAGCUUGUACUUCGUGCUAUAGCAAACUCGUCUGCAUCUGAUCCAUCACAAAAGUAUACUUCUGCUAGAUUGGUGUCCCGCUUCCCGCUGACCCGGGAUCGUGGCGUGUUGUCUGCCCGUAUCCUGUCGCCCUGUGCUCCGGGUAUCUGGCCGGCGUUCUGGCUAUUGCCCGCUGAGCCAUUUUCUUGGCCAACAGACGGCGAGAUUGACAUUGCCGAGACCUGGAAUGGCGACUGUGAGAAUAGGUCAUGCUUGCACUGGGGCCAGCACCAUGAGCCGUCCAAGCAUAGAGUGCUUGGCACCAAGAUCCCUGACAUGCGAGACCGCGCUAUCAACUACGAGUUCGCAUGGGACCAGCCUGGAGGGCAGGCUGGGCGUGGAAGAAUGAUAUGGUACAUUGAUGGAAGGCCCGUUAUGAAGGCAGAUGUCCCUGCAGGCACACGACCAUUACGAGAAAUGACCAUUUUGUUAAACAUAGCCAUGGGAGGUAAUGUCUGCAAAGGCCAGGUACCAGCAGACGGGUGGUAUGAUAUGGUCGUGGUAAACAUGGCUAUGAAGAGCGACCUUGACGGUGGAUGGGAGAGGUUUGAUCGUGAUUGGGGAUUUACCCCAAAUGGAAAUACGUAUUAG